GCGCGGCCCCUCCCCCUGCGUUCCGGCCUUUGCUGCGGUGCCCCCACCCCGCGUGUCCCUGUCUGUCCGUCUGUCCGCGCCCAGGCCUCGCCCCACCCCGGCCCCCGGGGCUGCCUGGCCGCUCCCCCCCUACCGCAGCCGCCCCCCUCUCUCUGGACCAGCCCCCGCUGCAUCCCGCGAAGCGAGUGGAGACGCCGCCGCCCCACAACCAGGACCCGCAACCCGAAAUUGGGGAGCCUGCACCCCGAGAUUGGAUCCAGAGGUCUGGAAACCUGAGCCUGGGAGCCUGAUUUGGGGCUGGGACCCUAAGACCUGGAGCUUGAACAGCAGUAUUUGGGGCUGAAAUCGCAACAUCAGUCCCUGGGACCCCAAGAUUUGGAGCUGGAACCCCAAGAAUUGGAAUGUGCACCCCAAUAUUUGGAGCCUGAACCUCGAGAUUUGGCAUCUGAAUCCCCAAAUUUGGAGCUGAGCUUUGAGUUCUAUGCCUGGGACCUUCAAAUCUGGGACUGGAUUCUCAUUUCUACACCCUGGAGCCUACUAUUUGAGACUCGAACCCUGAAAUUUAGGCCUCAGAGUCCAAGAUCUGAACCCUGGCAUUGCAAAGGGCCCAAACUCAUGGGCCUGAAAUCCUUGCUGCUAAGCUGAAUGCUGAAAUUUGGGGAGAAUCUUGACUCAGCGCCCCAAUAUCUAAACCCAGAACCCUAGCAUCAAAUCCCAAGAUUGGGCUUGGGAGUCAGAUCUUAGACUCUCCAGCUGUCUGUUUAGCAUCCCAAACAGGAGCUGGGAGACGGUGACUCCGGGCAACUCAAAUUGGGGCCUGGGUCCCUAAAAUUGGGCCCUUAAGAGGCCCAAUAUUUGGAGAUCUAAGACCCUAAGUAUCAAGGUCUAGAGACUCUGGCCAUAAAUCUGAGCAGAGACAUAACAGACAGAGGCUUUGGGAGCAGGGAAGGCAUGACCAGGCACCCCCUCCAGAGCCCUGACCCCUGACCCCUUGGAGCUUGAGGAUUCUUGCUCCCUGGGGCAGCUUCCAGCUCAGGGAACAGAUGUCCCUUCACAAGAGUCUACCUCGAACACUGUGGACAUUUGGCCAGCCCUGCCCCUCUCUGACCUCCUCAUCCCCAGCUGAUGGCAUCUCCAGCAGGCCGCCCCUGCCCGCGAUGGCCGUCCUCCCGCUGCUCCUCUGCCUGCUGCCGCUGGCCCCCGCCUCAUCUCCACCCCAGCUAGCCUCACCCAGCCCGUGUCCCCGGCGCUGCCGCUGCCAGACACAGUCCCUGCCUCUAAGCGUGCUGUGCCCCGGGGCAGGCCUCCUUUUCGUGCCACCCUCGCUGGACCGCCGGGCGGCCGAGCUGCGCCUGGCGGACAACUUCAUCGCGACUGUGCGGCGCCGGGACCUGGCCAAUAUGACGGGCCUGCUGCACCUAAGCUUGUCCCGCAAUACCAUCCGCCACGUGGCCGCCGGCGCCUUUUCAGACCUGCGCGCCCUGCGCGCGCUGCACCUGGACGGCAACCGGCUGACCUCGCUGGGCGAGGGGCAGCUGCGCGGCCUGGUCAACCUGCGCCACCUCAUCCUGAGCAACAACCAGCUGGCGGCCCUGGCGGCUGGGGCCCUGGACGACUGCGCCGAGACGCUGGAGGACCUCGACCUCUCCUACAACAACCUGGAACAGCUGCCCUGGGAGGCGCUGGGCCGCCUAGGCAACGUCAACACGCUGGGCCUCGACCACAACCUGCUGGCUUCCGUGCCCGCCGGCGCCUUUUCCCGCCUGCACAAGCUGGCGCGGCUGGACAUGACCUCCAACCGCCUGACCACCAUCCCGCCGGACCCGCUCUUCUCCCGCCUGCCGCUGCUGGCCCGGCCCCGCGGCUCGCCCGCUUCCGCCUUGGUGCUGGCCUUCGGCGGCAACCCCCUGCACUGCAACUGCGAGCUGGUGUGGCUGCGGCGGCUGGCGCGGGAGGACGACCUGGAGGCCUGCGCCUCCCCGCCGGCCCUGGGCGGCCGCUACUUCUGGGCAGUGGGCGAGGAGGAGUUUGUGUGCGAGCCCCCCGUGGUGACCCACCGCUCGCCUCCCCUGGCCGUGCCUGCUGGUCGGCCGGCCGCCCUGCGCUGCCGGGCGGUUGGGGACCCUGAGCCCCGCGUGCGGUGGGUGUCACCCCAGGGCCGGCUGCUGGGCAACUCCAGCCGAGCGCGCGCCUUCCCCAACGGGACCCUGGAGCUGCUGGUCACCGAGCCGGGAGAUGGCGGCAUCUUCACGUGCAUCGCAGCUAACGCAGCUGGCGAGGCCACGGCCGCUGUUGAGCUGACCGUGGGUCCCCCACCGCCCCCUCAGCUAGCCAACAGCACCAGCUGUGACCCCCCGCGGGACGGGGAGCCUGAUGCCCUCACGCCGCCCUCUGCCGCUUCUGCCUCUGCCUCUGCCAAGGCGGCUGAGGCCGGGGCCCCUACUGACCGUGGUGUCCAGGUGACGGAGCAUGGCGCCACAGCGGCUCUCGUCCAGUGGCCAGAUCAGCGGCCUAUCCCGGGCAUCCGCAUGUACCAGAUCCAGUACAACAGCUCAGCCGACGACAUCCUCGUGUACAGAAUGAUCCCGGCCGAAAGCAGCUCCUUCCUGUUGACGGACCUGGCGUCAGGCCGCACCUACGAUCUGUGCGUGCUGGCCGUGUACGAGGAUGGCGCCACGGGGCUGACGGCCACGCGGCCCGUGGGCUGCAACCGCUUCUCCACCGAGCCGGCGCUGCGGCCCUGCGGGGCCCCGCAUGCGCCCUUCCUGGGCGGCACCAUGAUCAUCGCGCUGGGGGGUGUCAUCGUGGCUUCCGUCCUGGUCUUCAUCUUCGUGCUGCUCAUGCGUUACAAGGUGCACGGCGGCCAACCCCCCGGCAAGACCAAGGCUUCCGCGCCUGUCAGCAGCGUGUGCUCCCAAACCAACGGCGCCCUGGGCCCCACGCCGGCCCUGCCGGCCCCUGAGCCCACCGCACCCAGGGCCCACACCGUGGUCCAGCUGGACUGUGAGCCGUGGGGGCCCAGCCACGAACCCACGGGACCCUAGGUUCGCGCCCACCUCUACGGCCCAGAAGGGGCCCCCUGCCGGGGUGGCAGGACCCAGACACCCCGUGGGACCUGGCCUCGGACUCACCAAAUUGCUCACGGUUUUUAAAACUCUGAUGGGGAGGGUGUCGGGGGCACCGGGCACAACAAGAAAGUCCUAUUUUUCUAAGCUUGGGC